AUGGCAUCAGCUGCUCUGAGGAGACAAGUAGCCACAAAAUGGCAGGACGCGUUCAACCGCUUGAACCGUUCGCAGCCCGGCAUAUCUGGACUCAUGGCUUUCAGCGAGGCAUGGCUGGUAGCGACACACUUUUUAUACCCGAUGAAUCUGGGCGAUCCUCCGAGGCAGUUCAAUCCUCAAGACGUCAAGGCCGCGUUCGACGUGCUCAUACAGUGCCGCAUGCUACCUAUGUUGCUGGAGGACUUUGUUGAGAAUAUGAGGACCAGGCAGCAUCUCAUCACUGAGGACAUCACUGCCCAUAUGAACGACUAUGAAUCCAGUCAAGAUCCUGAGAUCAUCGCAAAACUCGUCUUCCGUCUCUGCGAGUGGUACACGGCCUGGGCUCCAGGCAUUGAUUUGGGGCAGACAAUCAGCUCCGCCUACACCGAUCAUUUCCUAACCCAUGUCUAUUCCACAUUACCGGCAUCUUUCGCAGGCGGCUUCAGAUCCUUGAUUGCCGCAACGCUCGCGAACUCGACCACGAAUGAAGAAGUGAACGAGCAGUCGCUCAUACAGAGCCCGCAGUUGUGGGCGUGUUUCGACACUCUUGGUCUGACCGAACGAUACGAGGCGCUCGUGGCAAGCGUCUGCUAUGAACAUAUCGAAAAGCACGUUGUAGAGACUUGCGCGGGCGAAUGGGAGGAACCGAUGUUGGCGUCGUUGCGAGACUGGAUGGCGGACAAAGUUGUGCCGUGGAUGUUGAUGCCGUAUGCUAGAGGCGCGAAGACGGCCGAAGAAGCCAGAAACAUGUUGCAAGGCGUCGGUUCUCGUUUCGAUUUCCAUGUAUGCAAAACCCUAUGCGAUCUGAGGACGAAGGAGCUCUUUGACAUCAUUGUCGACUACCCUGACUCCGAGGGUGCUCUUCAAGAUCUCAAGGAAUGUCUGCUCCGCGUCGAUCAGCGUCCCAAGCUUGUUCAAUCGCUUCGUGCAGCCAACAAACGCCGCCUAUUACAUCCAGGUGCCGACACCAAGGACAUUCUCACGCAAUAUGUCUCCAUCAUCCGUUGUCUUCGGAUCAUCGACCCUCCGGGCGUGUUGCUAUAUAAGGUCGCCGACCCUAUACGCCGCUACCUGAGAGACCGCCCAGACACGAUUAAGUGCAUCGUAGCGAGUCUCGUCGGGGAUGGAGAGAGCGGCGACUCCCUUGUUGACGAUAACGAGCCUAUCCAACCUUUGCAAGGCCCACAAGCCGACGACUAUACGGAUCCCAACUGGGAUCCCGAACCCAUUGAUGCUGGCCCAGACUUCAGAGCAAAUAAGCCUAGCGACAUCAUCAGUACGCUUGUCAGCAUCUACGACUCGAAGGAUCUAUUCGUGAAGGAACUGCAAGUGCUACUUGCUACGCGUCUCCUCGCCGUGACAGACGGAAACUAUGAUAAAGAGCGACGGAACAUCGAGAUCUUGAAGAUCCGCUUCGGAGAAGGCCCUCUUCAAGUCUGCGAAGUAAUGCUCAAGGACAUGACUGACUCUCGGCGUACCGAUCAGCACCUGCAACAACAGAAAGCGUCCGAUCUGCGGGCGACUAUCAUCUCCCGCCACUUCUGGCCUCCGCUACCAGUAGCGAAGAUCGAGAUGCCGGGUCAACUCAAAGAACUUCAAGACGCUUACGCAAGACAGUAUACCCUCUUCAAACCCGACAAGCGAUUACGCUGGAUAUCCUCGAUGGGCUCUGUCAAGCUUGACAUCGAGCUGCAGGAUCGCACUGUCACAGCGACCGUCAAGCCACUCGAGGCUGCCUUCAUCGAGCUGUUCUCCGAAACGGAUAUAUGGACUGUUGAAGACCUCUGUAUGCGUGUAGGCUCGGGAGUCGAGCGGUCAGCUGCGCUCAAGGCUCUCCUUGCAUGGGUUGACCGAGGCGUCCUAAAAGAAGAGGAAAACCGCUUCCGCCUACUCGAGGUCGCAGAAUCGUCUUCGCGACCAGCAGUGUCGACCUCGCGCUCUGCAGCGAUGGUUGAAGAUGAGAGCCCAAUCAUGUCUGUACAACAGCAAGAAGCUGCGCAGAUGCAGGUGUAUUGGAAGUUUAUCGAGGGCAUGCUCACGAAUCUCGGGCAACUUCCGCUUGAACGCAUACAGAGUAUGCUCAAACUUGCGCCGGGUUACGAUCGCACACCCGAUCAACUCGCGGCAUUCCUAGAAGCUGCUCAGAGAGAAGGGAUGGUCAUACUCAACCAGGGAUUCUGGAAACUGCAACGGUAG